AUGCUCCCACGAAUACUGACCAAAGAUGAAGGUUAUGACCAGGGUAUGAUGGGCGGAGUCAACGACUCUCAGGCAUACGUGGACCGCAUGGGCUUGGGAUACGUGAAGAACGGCUCUGUCACUGUGACCAACACACUGUUGCAAGGAGGUAUCGUCUCAGUAUAUUAUCUGGGAACCUUGGUAGGAUGUUUCAUGGGUGGCUAUGUCAGUGAUCGGUACGGUCGGAUCAAGUCUCUUGGUUUUGGUGCUGUGUGGGGGAUCAUCGGUGCUGCCCUGCAGUGCACAGCUAUGAAUCCGUCGUGGAUGAUCGUGUCUCGUUUGAUCAAUGGUAUCGGAACAGGUAUUCUGAACGCUACUGUUCCAGUCUAUGGCUCCGAGCUUGCAGACUACGAGUCUCGGGGUCAGUUCAUUGCUAUGGAGUUUACAUUAAACAUCGUCGGCGUCGUUGUCGCAUACUGGCUAGGAUUUGGUCUCAGCUUCAUCGACAAUGGCACAUCUGACUUCCAAUGGCGAUUCCCAAUUGCAUUCCAAAUUGUCAUGCUCCUGGUUCUCGUGACUGCAUGUUGGUUUUUCCCUGAGUCACCACGCUGGCUGUGCAUGGUGGGCCGUCGAGAUGAAGCUCUCUAUGUGCUCAAGAGAAUCCGCGGUUUAGAGAACGAAAGUGCGGCUAUGCUGGAGAUGAGGGAGAUUGAAGCGAUCGUCGCACUUGAGAACGAGUCCGAGGAGAAGAUUGGCUACUUCCACAUGCUCUUCGGUAUCGGCAAGGAGGACCUACAUAUCGCACGACGGGUUCAACUGGUAAUCUGGUUGCAGAUCUUGCAAAGUUGGUCUGGCAUUGCUGGCGUGACAAUGUAUGCACCAAGCUUUGAUUCCCAGAAAACCCUUUGGAUCUCCGGACUGAACAACAUCUUUUACGCCUUUGCCACCCUGAUUUGUGUCUUCACCCUCGAUAAGAUCGGUCGCCGCUGGACACUGUGGUGGGGAGCAGCAGGACAGGCAUUUGCCAUGUUUCUUGCAGGAGGUCUGGCUCGGGGUGGAUUGGACAACCCGGAAAAUCAGGGACCGUGGGGAAUCGGGGCUACUUUUAUGGUUUAUCUCUACACGUUCGUCUUUGGCGCCACCUGGCUCACAGUGCCAUGGCUUUACCCAGCAGAGAUCUUCCCCCUCAAAGUGCGAGCCAAAGGAAAUGCAUGGGGAGUGGUUGGCUGGAGCUUGGGUAACGGGUCACUCACUCUUGCACUUCCCUACAUCUUUGGAGCCAUUGGCGAGAACACAUUGCAUGUAUUCGGGGCGGUCAAUCUCAUCAGCAUCCCUAUCGUUUGGAUUCUCUAUCCAGAGUCAAGCCAGCGUACACUGGAGGAGAUGGACCUGCUCUUCGCUGCAAAGUCACCCUGGGUCUGGUCCGCUGAGGCAAACUUCACCGCGCUCAAAGCAGAGAAUCCUGAUGUUGGAGCUGCUCGCCAACGCGACAGCGUGGUGCAAGCCGAGAAGGGAUUGUAUGUUGAUACUGAGACUGAGCAUAAGGAGAUAGUGCCUGGCCAGUAG